GGGGAGAGGGAGAGGCAGAGAACUAGAGGCAUCAUUACAGAGGAGAACACUAAAGACUCAACAAGAUAACAGGAGAUACGCAUGGACACAGCAGCUCACUGGAACACAAGCAGAGACACAGUAAGACAAAAGCUAGUGUGUGAGUGUGUGAGUGUGUGUGAGUGUUUCCACGGUUCUCCUGAGGCCGUGGCAGCCAUGGCGUCAGAGCCCAGCACCCAGUCCAGGGUGAUGUUCCAGGCGGGAGACAAGCCAGAGGAACCGGCUCACCGCAAGCUGGGCAAGCUGACGGUGAAGUACAACCGCAAGGACCUGCAGAGGAGGCUGGACAUCGAGGAGUGGAUCGACGGGCAGCUGCACCUGCUGUUUGACUGUGAGGAGGACGAAAUCCCCGAGUUAGAGAUUGACAUAGAUGAGCUGCUGGAGCUGACAGACGAGGGACAGAGAACCCGGCUGAAGGAGCUCUUGCAGGAAUGUGGGAAGCCAAAAGAGGAAUUUAUCAAUGGGCUGCUCUAUAGGAUAAAGGGUCUACGUAAAAUGUCCGGUUCCUUGAAGAAAUGAAUUCUAGGUCAAAUCAAGUUGAGAAAAUGUGGGGGCUUCAUCUUCAUCUUCCCAUCUCCCAGACAUUCAACUGUCGGUCAAUGGGAUUUUCUUCCUGCGUCAGAAUCAGUUUAACACC